UAAAAAUAAAACAGCUGCUUGUGAGUCGUAAAUAGACGCUUGGUUUUUGUUAGUAAAGUGCAAUUAAAGAAGGAAAAAUAAAAACAACUAAAGUCCGCACAAGAUCUAUACAAAAUGUCAUCAGCAAUAUAUUUAGAAAAUUAUCUAGACGGAUUGGAAUCACUGCCAACGGAACUGGAGCGGAACUUUAAGCUGAUGAGGAAACUGGAUGAUCGGGCACAGACUGCGAUGAAAAGCAUCGACAGCCAUGCAAAGGAUUUUAUGCGCAAACUAACCACGGAGAGCGGUUCGAUGAGCGAGGAGGAGCGCAAGGAGCGCUUGGAGGACAUUAAGGCACUCUUUGGCAAGGCGAAAGAAUACAGCGAUGACAAAGUUCAGCUGGCUAUACAAACGUACGAACUGGUGGACAAACAAAUCCGAAGACUCGACAAUGAUUUGGCGCGGUUUGAGGGCGAGAUACAAGAGAAGGCCUCAUCCACGCGUGCCAAAUCCGAGGAAGCGGUCGCCAAAAAGGGUGGCCGUAAGAAAACCAAGGAUGGCAAGGCAACGAGUAAAAAGAAAAAGCCAGCUUCCUCAGAUGAGGAGACUGGCCGUGGUGGCAAUCAUUCGAACAGUGCCAGUGGCGCGAAUCUGAAUGCUAGCAGCAGUGCUGGCCAAGGUAGCAAAAAGAAAAAGUCUAAGGUAAAUCAAGAAAAAGAAACACGCAAGGGGGGCGCCCAAAAGAAAGCGGUUGAUGUUGAUGAUUCUGAGAAGGAAUCUUGCCACACGACUGCAACGCAUCCCAGCGAUGUCAUGGACAUGCCAGUGGAUCCGAACGAGCCAACAUAUUGCUUAUGCCACCAGGUCUCCUAUGGCGAAAUGAUUGGCUGCGACAAUCCAGACUGCCCUAUUGAGUGGUUUCACUUUGCCUGUGUGGGCCUCACCACGAAGCCAAAGGGCAAAUGGUUUUGUCCCAAGUGCACGCAGGACCGUAAAAAGAAGUAGAUAUUAAUGACCAUUUCCACAGGCAGCAAUAACGAGUUGCUUCUCAACUGUCGGUCAAUGUAAAUAACCCUUACGCCACUUAGUUCUUAGUUUCUUAGCAUAAGUAUGAAUCACUAUUAAACACAGUUUUUUAUACAUCAAUCAAAAUGUUUAUUUGGUAACCUGUGUUGUUUACAAUAACAUACAAGCGUUUCUUUUCUUAAAACUAUUCCGUGUUACCUUUAAUUAGUUCAUGUUUCAGUUUCAGUUUAUUUUCAUUUAGUUUCUUUGCCAUCUUUAGAUGACAUAUGUUAGUCAUAGCUGUUGACAUGGA